GCAAUUAUCAGCCAUCGGUCACCUGAGAGACAAAAAGGCAACAACGAACUUUCCUCUCUAAAACCCACCGAGUCAACCCGCUCCGUGAUCUGACUCAGCUCUUACUCGGUCCCCCAAUUCAAAAAGGAAAAAAAAAAUGCGCGUCCUUCCGAACGCUGGCAAACUCGCUAUGGUUUUAGGAACACGAACAAUUCUCCUUGAUUCCAAGCACCGAUUCCUACCCUCUUUGACUCAAUUAAACUCAUCUUCUCUCUGUUCUCUUCAAUCCCAACUCCACACCGACGCUUCCUCAGGGAUAUGUAGAGGUAGUUAUUGUCAAAUGUCACAGCAUCCGGUUCAUUCGGUGAUGUCAAAGACAUGUUUUUCCACGAAAGCAGGAACCUCCAAUGGCAAUUCGACCGCUGUCCCUGCAGGAAGAUUUACGGCUGCCAUUGCCACUACUGACGCUUGUGAUUCAAAUGCAGCACUUUUGGCAAGUGGUGACCUGCGUGCUCUAGAUCCAAUCUUCAAGAUCUAUGGCCAGCGUCGUGCAUUCUCAGGGCCUAUUAUAACCGUUAAGGUGUUUGAGGACAAUGUGUUGGUCAGGCAGCUUCUAGAAAGCAGAGGUGAAGGCAGAGUUCUGGUUAUAGAUGGCGGAGGAAGCACAAGAUGUGCUUUGGUUGGAGGGAAUUUGGCAGAGUCAGCUCACAACAUGGGGUGGGCUGGUAUUGUUGUGAAUGGCUGUAUUAGAGAUGUGGAUGAGAUUAAUGCAUGUGAUAUUGGAGUGCGAGCGCUGGGUUCGAAUCCCUUGAAAUCAAACAAAAAGGGUGUUGGUGACAAGCAUGUUCCGGUUCACAUUGCCGGAACCUUGAUUCAUUACGGGGAAUGGCUGUAUGCCGAUAGCGAUGGCAUUCUUAUCUCAAAAACGGAACUCUCUAUCUAAAGCAGUAGUUAUGGAGCCGGAGGCCAGAGCCAAUAGGGGGACUGAGUUCUUAGUCACUGGUAUCAUCCUAAUUCCCAGAAGGGUGGGUUAUUAAGUUGGAUGUGAUCGUUGUUGUUUAAUCAUAUUUCAGCUUUGGCAUACAAAUAAAAGUUGUAUUGUUGAAUAUGCAAGGUUAAUUGAAGUUUGAAUUCUUAGGUAAAUUUCAAUUUUCAAGUU